GGGGUCCGCGGCCGCCGCCACCGCCCCCCCCCCUCCCCUCCCGGUGCCAUGAGCUUCUUCGGGUUCGGGCAGAGCGCGGAGCUGGAGCUGGUGCUGAGCGACGCCGAGAGCCGGCGGCGGGUGGAGCACAAGACGGAGGAAGGCAAGAAGGAGAAAUACUUCCUCUUCUACGACGGGGAGACGGUCUCCGGGCGGGUGGUCCUCACCCUCAAGAACCCCAACAAGCGGCUGGAGCACCAGGGCAUCAAAGUGGAGUUCAUCGGGCAGAUCGAACUCUACUAUGACCGAGGAAACCACCAUGAGUUCGUAUCUCUAGUGAAAGACCUGGCCCGUCCUGGUGAAUUCACUCAAUCGCAGACAUUUGACUUCGAAUUCACACAUGUGGAAAAACCUUAUGAGUCCUACACGGGGCAGAACGUGAAGUUACGGUAUUUCCUCCGAGCGACUGUCAGCCGCAGACUGAAUGAUGUGGUGAAGGAGAUGGACAUAGUUGUGCACACUCUGAGCACCUACCCAGAGCUCAACUCCUCUAUUAAGAUGGAGGUGGGGAUUGAGGAUUGCCUGCACAUUGAGUUCGAGUAUAACAAGUCCAAGUAUCAUUUAAAAGAUGUGAUUGUCGGGAAGAUCUACUUCCUGCUGGUGCGAAUCAAGAUCAAACACAUGGAGAUAGAUAUCAUCAAGAGAGAAACAACAGGGACCGGACCCAACGUAUAUCAUGAGAACGACACAAUAGCUAAAUAUGAGAUCAUGGAUGGGGCACCUGUGAGAGGGGAGUCCAUUCCCAUCAGACUCUUUCUGGCUGGCUACGAGCUGACUCCGACAAUGAGGGACAUCAAUAAGAAGUUCUCAGUACGUUAUUACCUCAAUCUGGUGCUGAUCGAUGAGGAAGAGAGACGCUACUUUAAACAGCAGGAGGUGGUGCUUUGGCGGAAAGGAGACAUAGUGAGGAAGAGCAUGUCCCACCAAGCAGCCAUCGCCUCUCAGCGGUUUGAGGGGACAUCCUCACACACCGAGGCCAAGACCCCCAGCCAGCCUGCAGAGAACAACGGCCGGCAGUGAGAGGCCAUGCAGAGGAAGGCUGCUGUGGAGCCAGUGGGGACAGCAGCAAGGAGGAAGAAAAAAACACUUCAGAGACUUCAUGGAAAAUAAAUAUCUGUUUUUGACUUAAUUCCUUUCUUCAAAGGACUUGUAGGGUGGGAAGGGGAUGGGAGGGCAAGGCAAGCUGGAGCACUGGUGGUGCGGAGUUGAAGGUACCUCAGUGCUUCCCAAUCAACUACAUUCCUCUGGGGUCGGCUGCUUUGAGGCAUGUGUCCGGAGGCUGCGGAGCUGCCUGAUCUCCUCUUUGCCCCGAGAGCCUUUUAGUGUGGCAGCGGGCAGGGAGAGAGCAAGUGAAGGCCAAAUCUGCUGCUUCUUCCCAGUGGUGUGGAGGUUGCUUUGGGGCUGCGUAGGAUGGAUAUUUUUCUUGCCUUUCUGAAAUCUUCAUGAGGGAAAAUGACACAGUGAUUAGCUGGAAGGUAGAGGAGGGAGUUGGAGACUGAGGUGCGGCCUACUUGAAAUGGCUUAGCGUUAUCCCCUCGCUGCCUCCCCUUCCUCUUCAUGCUGGUGUUGGAUUCCUUGUCACAAACAGUUACACAAUGUAGUUGACUCAGCCCUGGGACCGCCGCACGGCCGCGCAGAGCAUGGGCAGCAGGCGUGCUGUUGUGUCCUUGCUGCGGAGCUCCUGACUGCGCGCUGCGUCAGUAGGAGGGAGUGA